GCUAAAAGUCAUAAUUUGCUCAUUUCUUGACUAUUCGAAUUUGCGGUCUACACUACAGUUUUGUCAGCAAAAUGACAGCCUUCGAAGAAAUGGGAGUUAUGCCUGAGAUUGGGAGGGCCGUAGAAGAAAUGGACUGGAGUUUGCCAACUGAUGUGCAAGCGGAAGCCAUACCCAUGAUUCUCGGUGGAGGAGAUGUUCUCAUGGCUGCUGAGACAGGAAGUGGAAAAACAGGGGCAUUCUGUCUACCAAUUCUGCAGAUUGUAUAUGAAACUUUGAAGGAUCUUGAAGAAGGGAAAGGAAGUAAGGCUGCAGUAAAAUCCAAAGGUCAUACACACUGGCAGAUGAAUGUUUAUGACAGAGGUGAUGCAAUGGCAAUUGAUCCAGACGGUUUACUGUGUCAGAGUAGAGAUAUGCAGAAAUGGCACGGUACAAGGUCUAACAAGUCAGUCAGUGGACAAGGAAGAUUCUACUAUGAAGCAACAGUGACAGAUGAAGGGCUGUGCCGUGUUGGUUGGUCUACUGACAAGGCUACCCUUGAUCUUGGUACUGACAAGUUUGGCUAUGGUUUUGGAGGUACUGGGAAGAAAUCCUGGGGCAAACAGUUUGAUUCCUACGGUGAGGCAUUUGGAAUGAAUGAUACUGUUGGGUGUUACCUUGACCUACAGAAAGGUGAGAUCCGCUGGUCCAAAAAUGGUAUAGAUCUGGGCAAGGCUUAUGAUAUUCCCGGUCAUCUCAGGAAGGAGAGGUUCUUUGCUGCAGUUGUUUUAAAGAAUGCAGAAAUGAGUUUUAACUUUGGAACAACACCAUUCAAGUUCCCACCAUCCAAGGAUUUCACAGCAUUGGCAAAAGCCCCCAAAGAUUGUAUAUCAGAGUCAAAGAUUGCAGGAGGUGGUGCUACAAGUUCGAAACCAGCCUCCAACGCUCCACAGGCCAUUGUUAUAGAACCUUCUAGAGAACUCGCUGAGCAGACUCUAGUUCAGAUCCAGAAGUUUAAAACUCAUCUGUCCAACCCAACUCCCAGAGAGCUACUGAUCGUAGGUGGAGUUAAUGUUAAAGAUCAGGUGGAUGUCCUGUCAAAAGGGGUUGACAUUGUGGUAGGAACACCUGGUAGAUUAGAGGACCUGAUCUCUACUGGAAAGCUUGCUCUGUCUGGUGUCAGAUUCUUUGUGUUGGAUGAAGCUGAUGGUUUGUUAAGUCAGGGUUAUACAGACCUGAUCAAUCGUCUUCAUGCUCAGAUUCCAAAGGUUACGAAUGAUGGCAAACGUCUGCAGAUGGUCGUCUGCUCAGCUACAUUACACUCAUUUGAUGUGAAGAAAAUGGCUGAACGAUUGAUGUAUUUCCCGACAUGGAUAGAUCUAAAAGGCCAAGAUUCAGUACCGGAGACCGUACAUCAUUGUGUGUGUAUGGUUGACCCAACGAGGGAUACCCGCUGGAAGAACUUCAAGCAGCAUAUAGAAACAGAUGGUGUACAUCAUGAAGAUAGGAUACAGCCUCAUGGAACCAGUCAAGAGACAUACUCAGAAGCAGUCAAAAUUCUAAAAGGGGAGUAUGUGGUUCGAGCUCUUGAGGAACACAAGAUGGACAAAGCCCUCAUUUUUUGUCGUACAAAACUUGAUUGUGACAACCUAGAAAAAUAUCUCCAAAUAAGGGGACAAGGAAAAUACUCUUGUGUUUGUCUGCAUGGUGAUAGGAAACCCCCAGAGAGAAAAGCAAACUUGCAGAAGUUCAAGGAUGGAAAGGUGAAGUAUAUGAUCUGUACUGAUGUGGCUGCCCGUGGUAUUGAUGUGUCUGGUCUUCCAUUUGUGAUAAAUGUGACAUUACCGGAUGAAAAACAGAACUACAUUCAUCGUAUUGGCAGAGUAGGACGUGCAGAAAGAAUGGGGUUGGCUGUAUCUCUAGUGGCUACAGUCAAAGAAAAGGUUUGGUACCAUUCUAAUUGUGCAAAUAGAGGGCGUGGCUGUUACAAUACUAAUCUCACUGACAGAGGGGGAUGCUGUAUAUGGUACAAUGAACCACAGUUGUUAGCUGAUGUAGAAGAGCAUUUGGAUAUCACCAUAGACCAGGUUGAACCAGAUAUGAAAGUUCCAGUCAAUGAGUUUGAUGGUAAAGUCACCUAUGGUCAGAAGAGGAGACUUGGUGGAAGUGGCUACAAGGGACAUGUUGAUUCUCUUGCCCCGGCAGUGAUGGAGCUAGCAAAGCUUGAGAAAAGAGUGCAGACAUCGUUCAUAGAUCUUAAAUACAAGAAGAAGUUCUGCCAGCGCUAGAUGUCAGGAUUUAUGUAUAUCACCAGGAUUGAUACAUCUCAUGUCUGGUUUGAGGGACAAUUCAACUCUGCUUUCAGACAGUUAUAGAAGUGCAAAACGCAAAAACAUCACAUAUUCAGAAUGUAAUAGUGAUCUUUAAUUAUAGGCAAAACAAGUGUAAUUGCAUAUUGCAGGUGCGGUAUUUCCACGAAAUUAUUAAAGAAAUUGUAGCCGGCAGUUUUAUAAAGUAAUUUACAUCAUGAACACUUCAAUCAUGUUAGGGCUUAGAGCGAAACUGGUCUAUCUUUAUAUAGAAAUAGAAGCAGAUAGACCAGUUUUGCUCUAACAUUUCAGGAUUAACAUAUACAUGUAGCUGCUUUUGGUGUAGGUUCUUUAGAUGUAGCCUUCAGUAGGAGUGGGUUUCAUCAUUACAAAAUCCUGUGUAGCAAUAUCAUUGUCUGGAUCCUUUAUCACCCACCUGUCCUACAGGUGUUGAUUGGCAGAUAUCCUUGUUUACAACAUCUUUGAUCUUGUAAAGUGAGAGGACUUGAAUACCACUUGAUUUCUUGGCUGUCUGUUCAGUAGACAAGUUCAUAGAAACUAUUGCCAUUUACUGACUGGAGGAUGCUACUAUUUUUGGCCAUUAAGUUACUAAAUGUGUAUAACAUGGGGAACUGAAGUAUAUCUUAUACUGUUGAAAUGAAAAACACUUCCUUACUAAUAACUAGAGAAAUGAUCAAAAGAAAUCUACUAACCCAUUAUUCUUAGUGGGUUUUUUUGCAUCGCUUGUAUUGAUUUUAAGUUCUUGUAUGUCCCAAAAACUUGAUUAAAGAUUUGACAUUGCUUCAUUUUGAAAUGAAAUUGCCAAGAUAAAGGAAUGAUUUUAAAUAUUCAUGCCACUGCUCUUGACAGCUAUAUGAGAAUUUACUAACCAAGCGUAUUGAAAUACAGCAAAAUCUCUUCUUUAUCGCCUUUAAUGCAAAAACAUUGAAUCAGAUGACAUUUUAUCUUUUGCAGACAUCAUUGAGCAGUAUUGAUCAUUCCUUUAUGUAAUGGAAAUAUAUUUUUGUGUAAAGAGUAGAAAUUAUGUAUAUGGGUUUAUCAAACAUUUUUCAGUAUACAGUACAUUAUGUUUUUCAAUUCGUAACAUUUAUAUGUAUUCAAUGGGUUCAAGUGAAAGAAUAUGUCUGCUUUAAUGCGAGAAGUCACCUCAGCACAACACUGAAAGAAGCAAAAUAGAUAUGAUUUAAUAAUGCUUUUGCUUGGUAAUAGAGAAAUUACAGAAGCUGAAAGAUGUUAGUUUUAACCUGCAACUGGUUCUUAAAAAUUUCCGAACAGUUGUGAGGUAAAACAUGCCGUUUAUGGUAUAUCUAUAGAUGGUGACCAACUUCUCCGCUGCUAUGGCAUUGUUAGAAAUAACUGAUCUGGAGACAAGUUGUCAUCACAUAAGUUUAAGAGAUACAAGUUAUCUAGCAUACUAUAUAGUCCCAGCAAUCAGGAUUGAAGUCCUCCAAGAAAACUGCAUGUUUCGUUUUCCCUAUAGGACUUUCUGUUUUGUCUUAUUUUCCACAAUAAAACCAUUAGUGAAGUAAGUAUUAUACUGAAUGAAAGAUUUAUGUGUAACAUAACUGUUAGAAUGAGAAAUUAUUUCCAUGCUUCCUGUGUUGUAUAAUAAAAUUUAAAGCAUA